AUGAGCGACUUUCCACCACCAGGGACUGUCAUCACGACAAGGGGUUUCAGAGAAGUGUGCCAAGUUGAUGGACGUACAUACUUCAGGAAGAGGGAUGCACAAGAGUGGACCGAGGACACUUCUAACCCGGAGGAGAUGAAGCCACCCGCCGAAAACCCCAAUCUCUAUCUCUAUCUCAACGAGCCUGAGUACGGCUAUGUCUACCAAGUCACCGGAGAUGCAGAGAAUAUGAAAUACGACCCGUCCACUGACAAAAUCAAUGUCGUGGACACUGGACUCACUUCCAAUGUCUACUGCCUGGCUGUUGUGUCCGAGGAUCAGGCUAGGGCGGCGAAGCUGGUGAAAUGGGCUGCGGAGCAGGAACCUCCUCCACAAGCAGAGAAUCGGAAGUCUGUUACGGAGAAUUGCCAGGGGUGGACUGUGCGUGUUAUCGCUAGGCUGGUUAAGGAGAAAAUUGUUAUGCAACAAAAGCUUGAAGUCGCAAAGUCCUUGAUGCAGGCUGUUUGA